GGAAGCAUUCCACAGUGAGACACAAAGUUCACUCCCACAAAACAAUCAGGCAAAAGAGACACAAUCAUUUUACAUAAAGCCCAUUCAAAUAUUCCCAUUUUCUCCAAACUGAGGUAAAUAGAGCAGACUUGUUUGGGGCCCUUUAAUGUUGGGGGGAUGAGUAGGGGAGUAAGUACCCACAUCAGUGUUUGUUUUAUAUAUCACACUUCUUAAUAAUUAUCAAAAGAUUUUCAUUCCUCUGUGAUGAAUCCCAUGAUUCUUCCUUUUUUGAUUCCUCUUUAUUCUGCCUCUAGCAAUAUUUGUUAGACGUAGGUUGUUGUGAGGUUGCCCCUGAGCAGAGCUAUUUACUUAGGUGGCAGCUGCCAUUAAAAGUGCUAAAGAAAUUCAGGCAGGGCAAACUUGACUCAGAGCAAAGUGUCAGGUUUGCUUUCUCACCACUCAAGUGGCUUAUUUUUCCUUGUUAGACCCUAGCUGAUACAUUGCUUCUAAAAUGAUCCCAUCAAUCAAUUUUCAAAGAGCUGGCAGAGAAAUCCUGGCAAAUGCAAGCCAGAGCAUGUCUCUCUUCUGUUCAGAACCCUCCAACAGCCCCCAUGUCAUCUGGGAAAUGGCAGAGUCCUGAGAGCGACCUACAAUCCCCAUAAGACCAGGCUUCUUCCUCACUCCUAACCUCACCUCCUACUCUUCUGUCCUCUGGCUCAAUCCAAUCCAGCCAGAUUGGCCCCUCAUUCUGCCUUGAGCAUUCUGAGAAUGCUCCAACCUUAGGGCCUUGCACCUGUUAGUCUCUCUACCUGCAAAGUUCAUAGGAGCUGAGAAAUUUUUGUAGUGUGUAGCACAAAAGACAAUAGUAUUGACUAGGUAUCUGCAUGGCUAGCUCUUUCAUUUGCAACUAGGAUUUAAGUCAAAAGUUAACUUCUCAGUAAGCCUUCCCUGGUCAUCCGAUCUAAAAUAUCAACCUCGCAAACAAUUUAUAAUCCCCUUCCCUGCUUUAUUACUUUCUCUCUAGCAUUUAUCACUAUCUAAGACACUAUAUAUUUUCCUUGUCUGUCUUGUUUCUUUCUGGUUCCCUUAGUAGGAUAUAAGCUCCAGGAAGAAAAAGAUCUUUGAAGAUUUUGUUCACUUCUUUGUCCCUAUCUCCUUAGGCUUAUAGUGGGUACUGGUUAAAUAUCAGUUGAAAAAGUAAAUGAAAAGAAAAUGUAACCUCAUGAAAGAAGAACUGACUGUUAUGAAUAAGAAAUAAUGAGCCAACUGAAUUGCUACAUUCACCAGAACAAAAUACCACAAAACUACAGUGAAUUAAAAAAAACAUGGUGCAAACCACUUAAUGGCAAAGGAAUAGUAUCUAGAUUACACAAAGAACUCUUAAAACUGAACAGUUAACAUAAAAUCCAGUUGGAAAAUGGGCAAAAGACAGAAAUAGACAUUUUACCAAGGUUGAUAUACAGACCUCUCUCAUCCUUAUUUAAUAACAAAUAAACAUAUGAAAAUUGGAAAAUGCAAAUUAAAACUACAGUGAGAUAUAAUUACAUACCUAUCAGAAAGGCCAAAGUAAAAAAUUGUGACAACACCUGGUGAGGAUGUAGAGAAACUAGAUCACUGAUAUGUUGCUGAGGGGAAAGCAAAAUGGUACAGGCACUCUGCAAAAUAGUUUGGCAGGUUUUGUAAAACUAAACAUAAAAUUACCAUAUGACCCACCAACUUCACUCCUGGGUAUGAAUCCCAGGGAAAUGAAAGUUGAUGUCCACACAAAAAUCUGUACACAAAUCUUAAUAGGAGCUCUAAAACUGGAAACUACUCAAGUGUCCUUCAACAUGUGAAUGGCCUAACAAUGAGCAGAGCUAACAAUGGCCUAACAAUGACCUAACAUCCAUAUCACAGAAUACCACUCAGUAAUGAAAAGGGAAACACGAUUGAUACAUGCAACUUCCUGGAUGAAUCUUAGGGAAUUACGCUGAAAUUUCAAUGCCAAUCUUAAAAUUUCCCCUAUGGUAUGAUUCCAUUUAUAUAAAAUUCUAAAAAUGCAAAAUUAUAGAAAUGGAGAACAGAUUAGGGGGUGUCAGGGGACAGAGACUGAGGAGGGAGAAGGGGAAGUGGGUGUAGCCAUAAAAAGGCAAAAUGAGGGAUCCUUGUGGCAAGGGAAUGCUUCUGUAUCCUGACUGUAUCAAUGUCAGUAUUCUGGUUUUAAUAUUGUACCAUAGAUUUGCAAGAUGUUAUGAUUGAAGAAAACUGGGUAAAGGGGACAUGAGAUCUCUCUGAGUUAUUUCUUACAACGCCAUAUGGACCUGAAAAUAUUUCAAAAUAAGUAAUUUAUUUUUUUUAAGUAAUAUUGUAUCAGAAUGGGCACAAAUAAAAUAGAUUAAUGGAAUCAAAUAGAUGCUCCAGAAACAAACUCUAUCAAGUUUGGUUUUCCAGAAGCAGACUACGAGGCAAGGAUAUGUGUGAAAAUGAUUUGUUAAGAAGCAUUCUCGGGAAAAACUGGUGGGAGAGAUUGGUGGUAGGAUCAGAAAAGAAAGGAGGCUGUAGUAAGUUGAAUAGUGGCCCCCAAAGACAUGGUUUUAUCCCAAUCCUAAUCCUACAUUGUAAAUGUCACCUUAUUUGGAAAAAGGGCUGUAACAGUUGUAAUUAAGGAUUCUAAGAUGAGAUCAUCCUAGAUUAUCCAGAUGGGUCCUAAAUCCUGUGACAGUAUCUUUAUAAGAAACACAGAGGAGACAUACACAGAGAAAGAGGAGAAGACCAUGUGAAGAUGGAGAUAGAAAUAAGAGUGAUGCAGCCACAAGCCAGGGAAUGAAUAGAGCCACCAGAACCUGGAAGAAGAAAGGACACAUUCUCCCCUAAAGCCUUCAAACCAGCGCAGCCACCGGCCGCCCAGUACGCAGGCGCGAGAAGGCGGGGCCCAACUCACGGCAGCCCCGCCUUCCGGGCGUGUAGACGUCACUGGACCGCGCCGCGCAAUAUCUGACGUGCCUGCGGCCCGCCUGCCGGAAGGAAACCCUGGCGGCUAACUAUGGCGACGGUGGCGGAGCAGUGGGUGCUGGUGGAGAUGGUCCAGGCGCUCUACGAGGCUCCUGCUUAUCAUCUUAUUUUGGAAGGAAUUUUAAUACUCUGGAUAAUCAGACUUCUUUUCUCUAAAACUUACAAGUUACAAGAACGAUCUGAUUUUACAGUCAAGGAAAAGGAAGAAUUGAUUGAAGAGUGGCAACCAGAACCUCUUGUUCCUCCUGUCUCAAAAGACCAUCCUGCUCUCAACUACAACAUCGUUUCAGGCCCUCCAAGCCAUAACAUUGUGGUGAAUGGAAAAGAAUGUAUAAACUUUGCCUCAUUCAAUUUUCUUGGACUGUUGGAUAACCCUAGGCUCAAGGCAGCAGCUUUGGCAUCUCUAAAGAAGUGUGGUGUGGGAACUUGUGGACCUAGAGGAUUUUAGGGCACAUUUGGUAUGUUUUCUGUCAUAUUUUUCAGACUCCUGCUUUCAAGAAUUAAGAUUCAGUUUGAUUUCAGAACUCCUUGGAAAAGGUAUCCUUAAUGAGUUGUGGUAAUAAGCUGGCGAACUUUCUAGAUUUUGUGUUUGAGAUCAUUGGUAGGAGAUGCACUGGUCUGGGGCUGACUGUCCCUGUGGAGAAGAGCCAUAGGUACCUAAGGCACACUGUCUCAGUAGGGCGGAGCCCGAGCUCUUGCUGCAUU